CCAGGCCUCCUCCAUCUGCAUGUGCUUCUCGGACGGUUACCAACAACCGAGCUUCGCUCCUUUCUCUCCCCUCCCUGAGUUGGCUAUGCGCCAUCGGAAAUGCACCUUCACCUCACUCAAGCCGCAGCGUCUUUGAUGGGGCACCAUGGAAGAUCACACUCCGGACGCCAUGGUCAACCGUGAUGAGCCUGUCCCGGUCGUCUUCACCGGGAAGCAUGAUGGAGGGUCGAAAUCCGGGGUAUUGAAGAGAUCAGUGUCCAAGGCCGGUCGCUCUUUGCAAGAUAGGCUUUUCUCCAAGAUUCUGGAGCAAGUUAUGCCCGUGGAAGAUGUCGAUGCUGAAUCAGUGUCAACCGGCGACAAGCCAAUUUCCACGGACAACAAGAGGCCGGCGUUCAGCCUACCUCUGAUGGCCAACAAUUUCCGUCGAUUUAAUGCAAGGAUUGGCAUCGUUUUCCUGUUUCAGACCCGUGUCGAGCGUCUCCUCAGUUGGAAGCGGACCUCGCAUACCCUUUCUUUUCUCUUCAUUUAUUCUUUCAUAUGCCUGGAUCCCAAUCUACUUGUGAUAAUCCCUUUCGCCAUUCUCUUGUUCUUUGUCAUGGUACCUGCAUUCCUCGCACGCCACCCUCCACCCCCCUCGACAUCCACCUCCAGCAUCACUCCUUAUUAUUCAUAUCAGGGUCCGGCCCUUGCUCCUGCGAAAACCAUCAAGCCGGCUUCAGAGACAUCCAAGGACUUUUUUCGAAAUAUGAGAGACUUGCAAAAUUGCAUGGCAGACUUCUCCGAUGCACAUGAUGCGACAGUUUCUGCUUUUGCGCCCUUGACAAACUUCUCGAAUGAAAAGCUUUCUUCGGCAGUCUUUCUGACGUGCACCCUUGUGACUGCUCUGCUAUUCUUGACUGCUCAUCUUCUCCCCUGGCGAUAUAUUCUCCUCGUCAGUGGCAAUGCAGCUAUCUUGUCAUUGCACCCAAGCUUCCCUGACUUCGUUCAGAGUGUUGCAGAGGAUAUGCUAGACUCAACUGCGGAACAGGGUGCGGUAGGCGAUAAGAAAGAGCAGGGCUCGGUCGAUCUUGGCGGAGUGGUCAUACCUACUUCGCCCUCUGCAGCCGUGUCCCUAAUGGGGUCAUUGGCCAAUAUCUCAUUGGACUCUUACCCAGAGGAGCGGGAAGUUGAGGUAUUUGAGAUUCAGUAUCGCUCCCUUGCUCCGUAUUCCGAGUCACAAUGGGAGCAUUUUCUGUUUAGUCCUAUGCCCUACGAUCCACUCUCCCCGUCUCGCAUUGCGGGGGAUCGCCCGAAGGGCUGCCGAUUCUUCGAGGAUGUUCAGCCCCCCACCGGAUGGGCAUGGAAGGGUAAGAAGUGGGAGUUAGAUCUGGACUGCCGUGAGUGGGUUGUUGAACGUAUGAUAACGGGAGUUGGCUUUGAAGUCUCUGGGAGUUCGUCCGAGAGUGGCAUGGCCAGUGGGGAAAUCGGGGGCUGGGUUUGGGAUCUGCCUCCCCCCUCGUUCAGAGAUGAUGACGAGGUGGCUUCUACGUUGGGAUAUGAUGGCCCUGGUUCGACGCAUUCAUCCAGGAGAGAUGACCAAAGGACCAAGAAAAAAGGAAAAGAGAGGGUUUCACAGGACUAUGAAGAGAAGGUUCACACUGGAUCCAACGUGAUGGGAGAAUGGCGGAGAAGACGAUGGAUUCGAAUCGUGCAUCGAAUCAGCAUGCCGGCUGUCGAUAAGCAGGACCAACUAUCCCAGUGUCCGAGGGUACGCAUUCUCCAUUAUCGUCCUCCAAUGCCGGUCGAACAGGGAUAUGGCGCGGACUUUUCCUGCGAUUGGAUAUGGGACUCAAACAAGGCACGGUUGUCACCGUGUGGCAUGGGAUACCUUUCUGUGAUACCAGCAACCGUGAUCCUAAUUGCUGUGUUGAGCUAUGUAUCUCAUAGGAUAUUCAGAGAAAAAUAUCCCCAGUGGAUGAGACCCUUUAUUCUAGAACAACCGAUGGUUACCGACCUGCCGACUGACGGCGCGAAACAGCGGAUGGGCUGGGUGGUAACUCUGCUUGCCAUCUCUUUGGCCGGGUUCACAACCGAGCUUAUCAGAGUGGUGUUCAAUGGAUGGCCAUCUAAUCUCUCUCUUCUCAUAGCCUGGGCUGCCGCAACAUGUCUAGUCGCAAUAGCACGUCCGAGGUCAUGUUCCACCUCUUUCCUCGCCUUCUUCAUUAGCGUGCUAGCAGUAGAGAUCGCAUCUGUAACAGUUUAUGAUGCGCAUGGGUCGAUGCUCGCUACUCAUUAUGUAGCAGCCGUCAUUGCUUUGAUCGGUUGUGUCAUCAUCCUUACGAUGCCCUUUCGGGGUCCUUCACUUCCCUGCAUCGACAUCGGCGGCGUUGGUCAAGAGCCAUCCAGCAAAUUCCGCAGCCCAGAGGAUAAUCUGCGGCUUUGGCAGUUCCUUAGCGUGUCUUGGAUGGCCCCCUUGAUUUCCAUAGGCAGAAGCAGACAAUUGCAAGAGGAUGAUGUUUGGUUUUUAGGAUUCGAAUUCCAGCACCGCAGGUUACACGAGAAAUUCCGCAAAUUAAGGGGGUCUGUCAUUGGUCGAUUACUACAUGCCAAUGGGAUUGAUGUUCUGAUCAUUACCACUAUUGCCAUUGUGCAGAUGGUUUGCGACUUCUCAACACCUGCAAUGACUGAUGGUGGCUCAUCACAUCGUGUUGCCCUGAUUUAUGCUCUGCUGUCUCUGCUUCUCCGCCUGGUUGCUGCUCAGUCACAAGUAUUGAGCCUGUGGUAUGGGAGACGGAGCUAUGAGAGAAGUCGAGGUGAGAUGAUAAUGAUGGUGUAUGAGAAGGCCUUAUCAAGAAAGAACGUUUUCGACCAGCAAUUGGUUGACAAGGCCGAGGAGGAUGGGCUGCAGGAGGAAACCAGCCCUGAUACGGCUUCGGACCAAAAGCGGAGCAGGUGGUGGCCAUUUUCGAUUUUUCGGCGAGCACCACGCAAGAACAAGAUUAAGCAAACUGCUUCCAUGGGUAAGAUAUUCAAUCUCCUGCGCGGUGACGUCUAUGAGGUAGCCCAACGUUUUUGGGAGAUUGACACACUGGUUGAUAAGCCCUUGGGACUCGUCAUUGCUGUCGUGUUAGUCUGGAAGCUGCUUGGCCCAUCAUGCUUCCUGGGGAUCGUUGCCGUUAUAAUUGCCCAAGUGCUGAAUGCAUUUGUCACUCGCAUUCUUCUCGGAAAGGAACGAGCUCGCCGGGUGGCGACGGACAAUCGACUACAAAUCUCCUCUCAGUUCGUGGAGGCACUGCGUCACCUUCGAUGGUAUGGAUGGCAAAAUCACUGGCUGCGCCAGGUCAUGGACGCUAGGCAGUCUGAGCUAAAUCUUCGCAUCGUUACCAUGCUAUGGGGCAUUGUUAUUCGCUUCAUUAACACCUUUGCCAGCGGUCUCUUCCCAGUAGUGGCGCUAUAUGCGUAUACUCUUCUGGCGGGGAACCCACUACGUAUCGACAUCAUUUUCCCUGCUCUGCAGCUCUUCACUAUGCUCGAAACUCGCCUGAGGGAUAUCCCGAGCCUCAUCACUGUGCUGAUAAAUGCGUCCAUCGCCAUGGAGAGAAUAGAGGACUUUAUGGCCGAGCCCGAUAAAGAGAAGAAAGACCGCCUUGAUACCGAACCAGCUCCGAUUCAGCUGGAAUACUGUUCUUUCGCUUGGCCUGGAAGAGAAUUGCCAGUGCUUCACGAGAUCGAUUUGAAGACACCCCAGGGACUGACUGUUGUGUACGGCAAAGUAGGAGCUGGCAAGACAGCUCUACUCCAAGCUUUGCUGGGCGAGUUGGACAGACUUGGUGGGACUCCGCACGUACCAAAUGAGAUGAUUGGCUAUUGUGCCCAAACUCCAUGGCUACAGAGUAUGAGUAUCCGAGACAACAUCCUGUUCUCUUCGCCCUAUGAUGCGCAACGCUACAAGCGGGUUCUGGAUGCGUGCGCUUUGAUACCCGACCUGUCUAACUUCAAGCACGGUGAUUUGUCCUUUGUGGGAGAAAAUGGUAUUGGUCUCUCUGGUGGACAGAAGGCACGUGUGGCUCUUGCACGGGCAAUGUACAGCACGGCCAGAAUACUGUUUCUCGAUGACCCUUUGUCAGCUUUGGACCACAACACUGCAGAGGCAGUCGCCCGCAAAUGCUUCUCGGGUCCCUUGAUGCAGAACCGUACUAUUGUGCUCGUCACUCAUAGACUUCACUUGGUUCGACACAUCGCAGAUCAGAUCGUACUCAUACAGAAGGGCCGCGCGGUUAUCGAAGAUAAACAUGACCACUCGUCUAAUGCAAGUGGCCACUCCGAAGCGAGUUCAUCCGAUACAAGCGAGGGUGAAUCUGAAAGCGAAACAGCCCUUGCUGAAGAUACAGCAGCAGUGCCGACAAAGUUCAUCGAAGAAGAACAUCGAGCGGAAUGGGGCGUCAAGGCUAGAGUAUAUUGGAAAUAUAUCAAAGCCAGCAAAUACAGGUGGUGGAUUACGCUCAUUGUCGUGCUAGCAGUAUACCGGUUCACAUCAGUAGGACAAUCCUGGUUUCUCAAGGAGUGGGGAGAGGCCUACAAUGAAACGCUUCUACUUUUCGGAUACUCGGGUUUGAACAAGAAAUCCUUUGCAGGCAACUCGAUAACACCAUCGGCCAUGGUGAACUUGGUCAACUGGAAACCUACCAAUCCUCUUGAUGAAUUCCCGGCACCAGUUGAAGACGUCCGUCCUUGGCUGCUAGCAUUCUUUGCCAUCACGACGUUCCAGUCAGUAGUACUUUUGAUUGCACAGCUGGUGAUGCUUGUCAUGGUCUACAGCGCAGGGAAAACGCUCUUCCAGGCAGUCAUGGUGCGAGUGAGCCAUGCUACCUUUCGGUUCUUCGACGUCACACCUAUCGGUCGACUGAUGAAUCGACUGACCUCUGACAUUGGCGUCGUGGAUGGAAACAUCAGUGAGCAAUUCCAAAUGAUCGCAUUCCAGGCUAUCACUUGGAUCUCUUCUAUCGUUGUCAUAGCGUCGGUGACGCCAACCUUUCUCGGCUUUUCUCUAAUCUUAACGGCAGCAUUCAUCGCGGUUUUUCUGCGUUUCCUCCCAACAUCGCAGAGCCUACGGAGAUUGGAAAUGGUGUCAUUAAGCCCCUUGAUAUCUAACUUUGGCGAACUGCUUCAUGGCCUGACCACCGUUCGCGCAUUUCAUGCAGAAGGGCGCUUCCAGGAUCGAGUCAUCGCAGUCGUGGAUAAGUUUCAAGGGAUGGACCAUUUCUACUGGUCUCUCCAAAGCUGGCUAAUGUAUCGGUUCGAAAGCCUCUCUGCAUUCUCAACCUUCUGCCUCACUGUGCUGGCCUUGUACACGAGCGUGUCCCCAGGUCUAGCCGCGUUUGUGCUUGUAGCAGCCAACAACUUCGUCGCAUCCACCCACGCCCUCUGCAAACAGUAUGGCCAGCUACAGAUGGACUUUGUCUCAGUCGAGAGGGUGGACGAGUUACUCCACGUGGAACAAGAGACUCCAGGAACCAUACUUCCCCCUGCAUCAUGGCCCAAGUUCGGCCGGGACAUCGUAUUCGAAGACGUGACCAUCCGAUACGCCCCUCACCUGGACCCAUCGCUCAAGAACGUCUCUCUACGCAUACCAGGAGGCUCUACAACCGCCAUCAUCGGCAGAACCGGGAGCGGAAAGUCCACUCUGGCCGUCUCACUACUAAGCGUCAUUCGACCCGACUCGGGACGCAUCCUAAUCGACAACCUGGACAUUGCACAAGUCAACAUACAAGCUCUUCGCACCCGGGUUACAUUCGUCGCACAAGACCCGGUCCUCUUUCCCGGUACCAUCCGCCUUAAUCUCGACCCAACAGGAGAGUACUCAGAUACCGAGUGCGCAGAUGUGUUGAAACGAAUCUGCAGCCGACACGGCUGGAGUCUGGAAACGCAUGUUGAAGCAGGCGGACGGAACCUGAGUCAGGGUGAGCGCCAGUUGAUUGGUCUUGCCAGAGCUGUGCUGCGUCGCAGCUCGAUUGUCAUUCUGGACGAGGCCACUGCCUCAAUUGACCAUGAAAGUUCGCUUGAGAUCCAACAAGUCCUGCGAGAGGAGAUGAGGGAAUCGACCGUGAUCACUAUCGCACAUCGAUUGGAAGCCAUCAAAGACGCAGAUUACUACAUCAUGUUGGACCAGGGGGGCGUGUCCAAGCAGGGCUUCGUGAAGGAUAUGUGA